AUGGAUCUGCAGCAAAGGCAACAACAACCUGAUGAUAUUUUGACCGAAUGGGCUGAAAUCGGCAAGAGGCAACCGGGCGAUUGUGAGAGCCUUGUCGAGAUAGCGUGCAAGAGCAUGUCGAUCCUAGAACCUUGGACACAUGCAACCUCGAAACAUCCAGAUGUCAUGCCCAUCAUCGAGCGCGUCCAGGCAAAUGCGUCCGACUUCAUCGCCAUCCUCCACACGAGCAAAGACGUCGCAAAGCGAGGGUACAAGCUCAGCCAGGAUAUGGUGCGGCUGUGCGACCAUUUCUUGGACAAGAACGUCCACACGAACGAGUUGGAAGAGUAUAUUUCGGACAUGGUGACUACAGCGACAGAGGCCAACGCUGAGUCGACGCAUGUCGUAUCUGCGUUCCGCGAUGUCCGACAAGGACUGUUCGGUAUAACGAGCGUGAUACCUGCCAAAGUUGCCAAAAUAGAAGAUGCGCGGCAAGGGGAACUGAAGAAAAUGGAGAGAGGUAUCAAGAGAGGGGAAAGAGCAAAGAUGCUCAAAAUCUGCAGUACGACAUUAGCUGCUGUUGCGGGAGGAAUAGCCCUCAUCGCGUGUCCGCCAGCUCUGAUCGUAUUGCCCAUCGCACUGCCGCUAAUAUCGCUCGUGGCGGAGGCCUUUGAGAACAAGGCUACGCGAAAAAUAGCAGAUAGACAGAUGCGCGAACAAAACUGCCGUGACGCCCUGGAGAUGAUAGAAAAAAUCAGCCACGACCUCGCGCGGUUCGGGGAAUGUAUAGAUAGAUUCGCAGAAUUCUGGGGUCUCAUCGAGUUAACGCUCGAAAUGAUAUCAGGACGAGCGCAAGACCUGCGUGGAUCUCGCGCCUUGCGAUUGCGACUGAAAGGCAUCAGGUCAGACUGGGUAGAUAUCUCCCAGUCAUACCAAACUUAUACCAUCAAGAUUGAACACCUUUGCAAGUUGAUGGCGUCCGAGGGCGUUUUGGGGGUCCAGACCGCCGACGAAAGAAAAGUGAAUACCGAUAAUUCAGGAAAGAGUCCCAAGGUGACAAGGCAAACACUUGGUAGUGAUGAAAAGGCUUGA